UUCUUUAAUCCUUCCUAGUCCCCUCGUAUCCUUGUACAAGCCUCACUUUUCAACUGCAUGUUCAGGGGAGAAGUCAAAUAUCAUGGAAAAACUUGGGAUUAUAUUGUCUGUUUGUCUACUACUCGGUAUAAAAACAGAAGCUACAUGUCCCUGUUUAGAGGGAGGUGAAUGGCAGUUUAAGGGUGUAAGCUAUCUCUACUGUGCUAACCCUAAUGGUGCGUUUAGAACGAACUGGUGUCCAACUAACGAUGCCAUCUAUGAUGGAGGAAAGUUUGUGUUCUGUGAAGGAGAAGAGCUUCUAGCUUGCCAAACUUUAAAAGAAGCUAAAGAGGCUGAAAUAGCCCAGGGAGCCGUCUGCCCUUGCGAGCAGCAAUGGAGUCAUCGUGGUAAACUGUACAACUACUGUAAAACUGAUAGUAGUUGUGACCCCUGGUGCCCGGUUAAACCUGAACUAGUAUCAGAGCUCGGAGCCAACACAACCUACUGUACUGAGGAUAUCCUAGCUGCUUGUGAUGCAGAGAGAGAAUCUAAACCUAAACCUACCUGCCCCUGUCUUGAUGGAGGACAGUGGUCCUACAAGGGGAUACCGCAGAGCUACUGUUCAAAUCCGACCAAUAGUAACAGGGCCCCCUGGUGUGAAGACAAUGAUGGAAAUGCUAAAUAUUGUCAUGGAGAUAUAGAAGUAGCAUGUAAGGAACUAGAAGGAACACAACCUGUGGAUACGGAACUAUGUCCUUGUCUAUCUGGAGGGGACUGGACCCUGAUGGGGAGACAGAUGUCGUAUUGUCAGCUUGGAUCAUGUCCCAAAACUCACAAUGUGCUUAAUAAGAACAAUUGGGCCAAAUGUGGGAAAAAGGAGAAGGCAGCCUGUGAUGUUCUAAAAAGUUUAGAGACUGAAGAGGGUAAAACUCAGCUCUUUGGUCAAUACACCUCAGCUAGCACAGGUUGUCCCUGCUGGUUUGAUAUGACCCGGACCGACUGCGCCUGCUGUAAUGAUGAUGCUGUACAGUGUGGGGCUCCUAUGCAGAACUAUUGCUAUAAGAAAUGGGAGGGAAGGCAACGUGGAUGUCCAGGGGUACCAGCAAGCCAGUACACACUCUCUACUACAGGGCAUCCCUGUAUUGGUAACCAGAGCAGAACUGACUGUGCUUGGUGUGCACCAGGAGGAGGACAAUGCAGAAAUGAAGAUUACGGACAAGACUCUAUACAUGGAAACAGAUGCUGGAACCCCCAGGUCAGUUGUAAAAUGUAGUUGAUUAGGCUUUUGCUU